AUGUUGCGGGCUGUUUUGAAAGGUAAAUUAACUUCUUGGGAGGAUCACUUGCCUUUGGUGGAAUUUGCAUAUAAUAGAACUAUUCAUUCUUCUACUGGGUCUUCUCCUUUUGAAGUUGUUUAUGGUUUUAAUCCCCUUACUCCCCUUGAUUUAGUGCCAUUGCCUACUAAUGAUGUUGCUAGUCUUGAUGGAACAAAUAAAGCUGAGAUGAUGAGAAAAAUACAUGAGCGAACUAGACUGGCCAUUGAAAAGAGGAAUGAGCAAGUUGCUUCGAGAAGAAACAAAGGACGAAAACAAGUCAUCUUUGAGCCUGGGGACUCAGUUUGGUUGGACCUGCCUGGUGAGUAUCAAGUAAGUGUUACUUUCAAUGUUGUUGAUUUGUCCUUGUUUGAUGAAGGGUUAAAUUUGAGGACGAAUUAUUUUCAAGAAGAGGGGGAUGAUAGCUCCAUGGUCAAGAAUGGCGCUAUAGAAGCCCUAAGAAGAUCGCCGUCAAGGUCACAAGCUAAGGAGAUGCAAGCCAAGGUUGCUGGGCUUCAAUUGGAAAUCAAAAGGAUGCUUAUCAUGGAAGAAAAGCCCAAGAACGAGUCCAAGAAUUAUGCAAAAGAAUGGGCUAAAUACUAUACAUAUUUCAUGAUCCAAGUCCAAGCUCAAGAGGAGGAAGAUUGGGCCCCACAUGGGGCUGAAGUUUCUGCCCAAGAAAGGAAUUAA